AUGACAUACUUUCAAAGAACAAGGUACACAACCAGUCUGCAUCCUCAGGAGAAGGUGGCAGAGGAGGAGGAAGAGGAGGAGGGUGAGGUAGAGGGUGAGGAGGAGGAGGAGGCGCUUCAUUACAGAUCUUCAAAGAACAAGCGAACCAGCGAAGAGGAAGAGUGCAUUGGGGAUGAAGAGGACAUAAUACCACCGUCUAAGAAAAAGACAGCUGCUGAAGUUAGAAAACACCUGGACGAACAGAUGUGGGAGAAAAGAAAGCUCGACCAAAUGCAAAGAAAUUUGCAGGAGUUGAGGAAUGAACUCCAAACUCUUAAAAAUGAAAAUGAACGUCUGAAAGACAUUAUCAUCAAUCAUAUCCCUCAAAUUAAAAGUGACCUCGCCAUUAUUGCUCAAAAGACUGGAAGGACUCCUGUGGAAGAUCUUGAUUCCUCCUUCUUGACUUUUGUGCAACCGAUUCCAGAAAGGAGAUCGAGCACAGAGGAGACCGAGCCCUUUAAAAAGAGUCACAUGGUGACUGAGCUCUUUGGAGAGACACCACAGACUGCAUCAACAGCUGAGACCUCAGCAAAAACACAGAUUGAAGUUAUAAAGGGCUCUGGAGUGUUUUGCCAGGCAGAAGCAUGGAAAGCAGCCCGCCUUGCCACCUCUGCUACUGCCAUGGUGCGGAAUCUGCUAAUGGGCACCUUUGUCCUGGAGACUUUGCUGAAAAGCAACCUAAAUGGUGGGAAGCCAACCAGAGGGGAUAGGGAGCAGCUGGUCGCCCUUGACCAAAUUAAAAAGGCAGCCAUUAUUGGCAUCAACAGAGACUGUAUAAGAUGCUACAUUGAAGAAGUGGCCAGCAGCCAGCCGAGGGCAGAUAGGCACAUCCAUUAAUUCAAAGCUCACAGAGCUGAGAAGAUCCACAAGAUAAUUUCUUGGGGGGUAUUUCUGUUACUUUUUUUUGUUCUUGUACUUUGA